AAUGCAUCAAUUAUAUUAUGAACGUAGUGUUUGUAGUUCUCCUGAGUAACAUCACUUACUCAAACUGUCAUGUUUGUACGUUUCUUUAACCGAUCUGUACUCUAAUUAUAAUCUGCUUUGUAAAUAAAAGCAAUGUAUAUCAAACUAUUUAAGCAUCAUUUUCUUUAAACCACGCUUUUAGUAGGGCCUUAAAAUACAUUUCAGAAAGUUUCCAUAACACAUGAGAGUACCUGUAAACCAUUUUGAAUGAACUGGUUGAGAUGCGGUUGGGUGAUAACACUGUGUGGCUUAUCAUGUCUAUUUUUUUUUCAUUUCUUACAACCAAUCACAUCAUAUUCUGGGGCGUGGUCAGUACAGACCGCCUAUAGUAUAAAUAUAAAUUCAAACCAUGCUUCAAGUGCAUUCAUAUUCUGUUGAUAAAUGAGAUACAAACACUGUAAAAUUUCUGAGACAUGAAAAAUGUCUGUUUUAUGGAUUUUAAUUUUGAUCUUCAGCACCAUGUACAUAGUCCAACCUGGUAGACUCUGGGUGACUGCACAAUCCCUCACAGACUCACCAGUUUAUCAGCCUGAUAAAGAGCUCAGUGUGAAUAUCGGAGACUCGGCUACUCUACGGUGUUGUGUUUCUGGAAAUCAAAUCCAAAUAAUAGACUGGUUUAAGCAACCAAACAGAAAAAAACCUCAGAUUAUAGUCACGGUAUAUAAAGAUGCUAAAGAAACAUUUUACAAUGGAUUCCAACAGUCUCGUUUCCAUAUAGAAAGAUCUCCAGACUGCUUCAAUAUGACCAUUUUAGACAUCAUUCAGUCUCAUGAAGCCAUGUACUACUGUGCACUGAAGAGACCCAACCCUGUGUUUGCAGAUGGAACUUAUUUAAAAAUUAAAGGUGAUCAUGUUACUAUUGCAUCAGAAACAUCUAAACCAGCUCUGUGUGAUAAUUCAGUGGUGUGUGAACCAACACUGCAUGGAAACAACACUAACAUGAACACACACGAGAAAACAGUGCUCGGUUUGGGAACGGCUUUGGGUUUGUGUGCACUUCUGAUUUUCUGUCUCAUUUAUUUCAUACUGAGGAGAAGAAAAUUGAAAGCUUGUAUAGAAGAUUCUCCAGGAAUGAAGCAGGUACGUGAAUCUGAAGCUGAAACACUGAAUUACACAGCUGUGCAAUUUACCAAGAGGAAAGCCAAAGCUGAAAAAAAGAAAACUGGCUCAGCAGAUGAGUGUGUGUACUCCGAUGUGAAAAAAACUAGAAUUUGUGAGUUUACUUUAGCUGCCUUUGUUUUCCUGAUCGUGGUGCUCAGAACCUGGAAGUAG